AUGAGUAGCAAUUACACCUCACCAUAUAAUAAAUCCAAAAAUAUACGAGAUAAUCAACAAAGACUACCACAACGUAAACCACGACAGUUAUAUACUAGAUCAAUCAGGAAUAAUAAUAAUAAUAAUAAUACAUCAACAAAUUCAAUUCAAGAAUACACAUCAAUUAAUAAUUCAAAUUCAAAUCACUCUUCUUCGAAAAAUCAAAUUCAAUUCAAAGCAAAAGAUGCAGAAGAUGUAAUUGAUUGGAUAGAUGAUUUAAAACAAAGAUAUCAAAAUUUAAAAUUUGAACAUUCCAAAGAAAUUAACUCAUUAAAACAACAACAAAAAUUAGAAAUUGAAAAUUUAAAAAAUAAAAAGAUUUUACAAAGGAAACAUUUUGAUGAAGAAUUUAAUAAAUUAGGUGACUAUUUGAAAGAAAAAGAACAAAAUGAAUCACGAUUAAUUGAAGAAAGAAAGAUUGAAAAUCUACGAAGACAACAAGAAUAUGAGAAUAUAGAAAAUAACGAUCAACGAGCGCAUAUUGGUGGAAAACGUUUACCUAAGUAUAAUGUGCAAUAUGAUGAUGAUGAGGAAGAAGAAGAUUUGGAUAGCGAAGAUGAAGAAGAGGAGGAAGAAGAAGAAGUUGAAGAGGAUGAAGAAGUAGAAGAUGGAGAGGAGAAUGCGGAUAAUAAUCAAUACAUAAUACCAAAUCGUCAAAACUAUCAAUAUCCAUCAGGUUUGUCUUACAAUAAUUAUCCUUCACAAUAUGAAGAUAAAGGUCAAAACGAAGACGAAGCAAUUGAAAUAUUGUCUGGGUCUGAAGAAGAAGAGGAUAUUGAACAACAAUAUGACGAAGAAGAAGAAUCUGAAGAUGUUGAACAAGCAUAUGAUGAAGAAGAUGAAGCAAUUACAAAUAAUGUAUUUGAUCAACAAAAUUUAAAUUAUUUAAAUCAAAAUUAUAUGCAACCUUUAACUAAUAAUUCACAUCAACAUCAUCAUCAUCAACAACAUAUUAAUUAUACCAAAAUUGAUCCUUAUAGAAAUGGCUAUGGAUUUAUACAGAAUGAAGCUGAAGAGGAUUGGGAUGAAGAAGAUGAAGAAAUGGAUCAUGAUGAAGAAGUUGAUGAAGCGGAGGAAGAAGCGGAAGAGGAAUUAAUUAAUGAAGAAAUAAUUGAAACGAACACAGAGAUCGUUAAUUUACCGGUAGAUGCUUCAGAUAAUGACAAUUCAGAAGACAGUGUAGAUAUCGAAGCUGAAGAUUUAGCAUUAGACAGCUAUGAUGAAUUUGAAGAAGAACCUGAUAGUGAGGAUAAAAAAUUUAUUGUCGAUGACAAUGAAGAUAAGAAUGAAAGUUUUGAUCCAAACUUAGUGACUACUGAAAAUGUGGAUGAAGAUGUUAAUGAUGAUUUAUUUUAUGAAAACCAAGAUCACAAUCAACAAAUCGAAAUAAAUCAUGUAUCAUCAGACGCUGAAAGUUGGAGCGGAGUUGAAAGUGAAUCCAAUGAUGAGGGAAAUGUUAAAGCUAUAUCAGAAGAUGACGUCGAAGAAAUAAGUUCUGAUCUUAGUGAAACUGAUGAAAAUGAUGUUGAAGCUAUUUCAUCACCAGAACUUUCAGAAAAACCUUUAAAUUUUGAUUCACAAGUUGAUGAUUAUGCUGAUGAAGAAAAAGAAGAUGAUACUGAUGAAAGACCUAAACCAUCAACACAUACUUUUAAUACAUUAAUGCAAUAUGCUUCAAGUGCUUUAGGAGAAAGAAAUAUUCAUAAUUUUAAAGGAACUCAUUCUCAAUCAGGUUAUAUGGCAGAUUCAGAAAUUACUGAUAAUAAUUUAGCUAAAUAUAGUUCAAUCAAAGAAGAAGAAGAUGAAGAAGAAUUAAAUUCAAAUUCAGAAUCUGACUCAAAUUUUAAUGAAAAUAAUUUUAGACCUGAAGAUUUUGCACCAUUACCAGAUGCCUUUUAUGCUCAUGAAUUAAGUGAUCAAAAAAUUAAAAUUAAUGAUUUAGAUGAUAAUAGAUCUGAUGCUUCUUUAGCUGAUGAAAGUCAAUUUGAAUCUAUGAAAAGUGAUUAUCAUCAUACAAAUAUAAGAGAUAUUCAUUCAUCAAAUGUUGAAAAUGAUCCAAUUGUAAUAGAGGAGGAUAGUGAAGAACUUAAAGAUGAUAUAAAAAAUGACUCGGCCCAAGAAGUUGAAGUAACUGAGGAAUCAAACAUUGCUGAAUCUGCUGAUGAAGAACCACCAAUGCCUAUUUUUAGAACAAUUCAAGAGGAAGAUCCUGAAGUUACUUUACAAAAGUUAAAAGAAACUGAAAUAAAAUAUAAUGUCAAAAUCGAAGCUGUCGAGGAUUUAGAGAGAAGCAUAAGAGGAUCAUCUGAAGCACCAAAUGAUUUAUCAAGUCAAGUGGUUGAAGAAGUACUUGAACCAAUUCAAGUACCAGUAUUGGAUAGCUUAGGAAGUGAAUCAGAUGAGGUCACAAUUAAUGAAGAAACUACAUCGAUACAAUCAGUGGAGGAAGAAUUAAAUGAUGCUGAAGUAGAAGAAGGGACCGACACCAGUACUGAAAAUCAAGUCAAAUCUUCCCCAAUACAAGAGGUAGCUGAUGAAACGACCAUCUUAUCCAGUGAUACUGAUGUUGUUGAUCAUAUAGAUGAAGUUUUUCAGAACGAAGAAGUAUAUGACGUUGAAUCAUUGAGUGAGAACGUUGAUGAAGAUGGUGAUACAGAAAUGGAAGUCACUGAGCCACAAGAAUUUGCGUCAUCAUCAAACAUUGAAGUAGAUACAAUGGAAAUAACCCCACCAGAGCUUGAUACGUUAAAUGAAGUUACUUAUCCUGAACUUGACACAUUAAAUGAUAUUACCCCAAUGACUAAUACAGCUGAAGAUACAUCAAAUAUGGAAGUAGAUGAUACUAAACCAGUGAGUGUUGGAAACGAAACCACUCAAACUCAUGAUAUAUUGGAAGAGACUGAACAUGCGUCUCUUCCAGAGAAUGUCUCACCAUCUUCUGGAACUAAUGAAGAAGAUCCUCAUGACGUUGAAUCGGUGGAUAAUACCACUGUCGAAGAAACAUUAGAAGUUGAAGAAGUCACGCCGCCAGAAUUAGAUGCCAUUGACGAGUCAGAACUUAUAAUUGAUGCUUCAGAGGUGGACCGUAUUAGUAAUAAUUCAAUAGAGGAAAUCUCAAACACAAGUGAAUCACAACCUGGGACUACCGAAACAUUCAAUUUACAUAAAAAAUUAUUAAACAUAUUUCCUAAUGUUGGAAUCUUCAAACAUCAACUUGAACCAUUCGUGGAAAGCUCAAAAGAAAAGAUUACCUCAGUUGAAAAAUCUGUAUCAGACGCAACUAAUUCACUAAUAGAUUCAGCUGAACAAUUUGUUGAGAAUAUAAAUGACGCAGAUCAAUUUCCCGUAGAUGAUCAGAUGGAAGAUGCCGAACCUAUAGUAGAAAGUCAAGUAGAGGAAAAAUUUGAAAAACUUAAGGACAUAUCGACACAAGUUGCUGAUUAUGUUGUUGAUAAAUCUCAUGAAUUAGCUACUAUAAGUUCCGAUUUAAUGGAAGUAACUAAAAACCAAUUGGAAGAAGGUUUGAGUAAUGUGCAUGACAAGUUAUGUGAAACUAAAGAACAAACAAAAAAUGAGUUUUCGGAGAUUGUUGAAGAUGUAAAAGAUUCAGGAUCAAAGAAUUUAGAUGCUGCAGAAAGUUUUGUAGAAAAACUUGAGAUACCAGAGCGUGCUAAAGAUGCAGCAAUAGACGUUGAUGAAAAGGUACGAAAUUUUGCUAAGCAAGCAGAUGAUAAAUUAAAAGAAGUUGAUUUUGAAAAAUCUGUUGAACAAACUAAAGAAUCAGUUUCGGAAAUCGUUGAAGCUGCAGAGGAGUUUGUAAGUGAAGAAUCUAAAGCAGAAAUUAGUCAUAAUGAGUUAGAUGUCGAUCAAAAGGUAAAAGAUGUAGUUGAAGACAGUAUUGAACGAGUGAAAGAUAUUGAAGUUGCAUCAUUAAUCAAUGUAGCUAAAGAGAAAGGUUCAACUAUUAUUGAAGCUGCUGAAGAAUUUGUUGAUAAAAUGGAUGCAUUUGAUGACAAUGAAACUGAAGCUAUUGAUGUUGACGAAAAGAUUAAAGAUAAAGCAGAGGUUGUUUUAGAUGAAAUAAAAGAAAUCGAUGUGUCAGGUAUUAUUGAUGAAACCAAAGAUACAGGUGAAAAAAUAGCUGAAGCUGUAAACGAUUUUGCUGAAAGAUUUAAUCCGGAUAAUUCUAGCGAUGUUGAAGGAAUUGAUGUUGAUGGAAAAGUUAAAGAACUUGCUGAAAGUGUGGUUGAACGAGUAAAAGAUAUUGAUGUGUCGAGUCAUCUCGAAGAAUCAAAGGAGAUAGGUACCAACGUUUUAGAAGCAGCAGAAGAAUUUGUAAUCAAGAUGGACGCAUCAAUGGAGCCAACUGUUCAAGGAAUUGAUGUUGAUAAAAAAUUAAUUGAAAAGUCCAAAAAUGCGUUUGAUCAUUUGAGAAAAAUAAACGUCUCAGAUUUAUUAAAUGUUGCAAAAGAAAAGAUCAGUGUAUUCAAUAAUGCUGCAGAAGAUUUUGUUGAGAAAAUGGAUGCAAUUGAUAGUAGUGACGGUGAAGCUAUUGAUGUUGACAGUAAAGUCAAGGAGUUGGUAGAACACAAAAUUGAACAAAUUGAACAAAUUGAUUUUACUAGUGCAAUUGAUGAAGCAAAAGAAAGAGGCUCUAAAAUAUUGGAAGCGGCUGAAGGUUUUGUAGAAGAAAUUGAUGCUGACGGGAAAUACAACGAGGAAGAGGAAGAGAAAACUGUCGAUGUUGAUAAAAAAGUUGAAGAGAUCGCAGAAGAUGUUUUGGAGAAGCUACAAGAAGUUGAUUAUUCAAAACUAACAGAGAAUGCAGUAGAGUCAGGUACUAAAGUGAUUAAUGCAGCUGAAAAAUUUGUUGAAAAAAUUGACCCAACAGUUGAAACUGAAGAACCAACUGUAGAUGUUGAUUCAAAAAUUAUAGAAGCUACAAAACAUGCAAGUGAUGCGAUUAAAGAUGAGGCUACAAGUUUAGCUGAAGAAGCCCAAGUUUUAGGUUCUGAAAUUUACCAUACGGCUGAAAAAUUUGUAGAGCAGGACGUCGAGUAUGAAAGCAACCCAGAUGACGAAAUUGAUGUUGAUAAAAGAGUGACCAUCGCUGUUCAAGACAAGGUACACGAUUUUGAAGAUAAGGUGUCUAAUACUGUGGAUGUGGUUAAAGAAUCAGUUCCAUCUUUCUUGCAUAAAGUCGAAAACAAAUCUAAAGAACUUGUCGAUAAUUCAAUAUCCAUUUAUAAAAAUGUAAUUCAAAACAGAGUAUCAAGCAUGAAAGACUACAUUAAAGAAAAUAAAAUUCCAAUUUCAAAUGUUUUUCAACUUUCUAAAUUUAAGCAAUUUGUAUCAAAUAAAACUCCACAUAUAUCAUUCAAUUUUAGUCAUCAAACAAAUGCAGAAAGAGAUCAAACCGACUCUGAUGAAAGUGAUGACGAUGAUGACUAUACUACAAUAACAACUGAAAUUUCCUACACUCGUCCAUCAAAAAGAAGAAGAAGGAAGAGAAGAAUGCUCAGAUCUGGUAUUGAAAAGUCAGAGAUUGUUUCAUUUGAGGAGAUCACGGUAGAUAAAAUUGACGAGCCUAUAGAACAAGUAAAUGAAGACGAUCAUGAACUGCCUGAAACUCAGGAGGAUUCUUUGGUGGUUAAAGAGGAGGAAGUAGUAUUGGAAUCAUUAAAUACUGAAGUUGAUUCACCUGAAUAUGAAAAAAUCGACGACCUUAAUGAAAAAGUUAAAACUGAAGUAGAAGAUAUCAAACAAAACACACUUGAAAUAAGACCAAAACUGGAAGAUUUAUCAACUGAAACAUCUAAUUCAUCAAAAAAACGUAAAAGAACAAAUAGAAGAAAUGUUCUUGGAUUAGAUUUAGAUGAAAUAGCUCAAUUUGAAUCAAGAAGUUUAAGAAAUGGUCAUAAAUAUGGAAGUAUUGAUCAAAAGCUUUCUUCAAGACCAAAUUAUAAUAAACAUAAUAAUUUAUCAAAUGAAAGUAUACCAAUUUUAGAUGAUAAAGAUUAUCCUGCAACAAGAACAAGAUCAAAAUCUCCAAUGAAAAGACUACUUGAUGAUGAAAGUAAUGGUGAAAAUGAAGAUUCAAGUCCAAUUAGAAAAAUUAGAAAAAUAUCUGAUCUGAUUGCACCAGCUUAUAGAACAGAUGAAGAUAGAGGUAGAUCAAGAGAAAAAUAA